AUGAGUCUUUCAGCAACGGAAUUAUCAAAUUUACUUGAGCAACGUAUUUCAAAUUACUACUCAGAUUUAAACAUCGAUGAAAUUGGAAGAGUUCUUUCAGUUGGGGAUGGUAUUGCCCGUGUAUAUGGUUUAAACAAAAUUCAAUCGGGGGAAAUGGUUGAGUUUGAUAGUGGGAUUAAAGGGAUGGCCCUGAAUCUAGAAAACGACAAUGUUGGAAUCGUUUGUUUUGGAAGCGAUACAAAUAUUCGCGAAGGAGACAUUGUAAAAAGAACAGGUUCCAUCGUAGACGUGCCUGUUGGAAAAGGGAUGCUCGGGCGUGUUGUUGAUGGUCUUGGAAACCCAAUUGAUGGUAAAGGACCAAUUCCAAAUGUAACACCACGUCGUGUUGAAUUAAAAGCGCCUGGAAUUAUUGCAAGAAAAUCUGUGCACGAACCAAUGCAAACUGGAUUAAAAGCAGUCGAUAGCUUAGUGCCUAUUGGUCGCGGCCAACGUGAACUUAUUAUUGAAGAUCGUCAAACUGGGAAAACGGCAAUUGCUAUUGACACAAUUAUUAAUCAAAGAACAAUUAAUGAUUCAAAUGAUGAGUCAAAAAAAUUGUAUUGUGUUUAUGUCGCGGUUGGUCAGAAAAGAUCAACAGUUGCACAAUUAGUGAAGACCCUUCAAGAUAAGAAUGCUCUAGAGUAUUCAAUUAUUGUUGCAGCAACGGCUUCGGAUCCAGCACCUUUACAAUUUCUUGCACCGUAUUCAGGAUGUGCUAUGGCUGAAUAUUUCCGUGACAACGGCAUGCAUGCUUUAAUCAUUUAUGAUGAUUUAAGUAAACAGUCAGUCGCGUACCGCCAAAUGUCUCUUCUUUUACGAAGACCACCCGGUCGUGAAGCUUUUCCUGGGGAUGUUUUUUAUUUACACUCGCGUCUUCUCGAAAGAUCCGCAAAAAUGUCUGAUGAAGUUGGUGGUGGGUCAAUGACAGCGUUACCAGUUGUUGAAACACAAGGUGGAGAUGUAUCUGCUUAUAUUCCGACAAACGUUAUUUCAAUUACUGACGGGCAAAUUUUCUUAGAGACAGAACUUUUCUUCAAAGGGAUUCGUCCAGCAAUUAACGUUGGUUUAUCUGUAAGUCGAGUUGGUUCUGCUGCGCAGUUAAAAGCCAUGAAACAAGUUUCAGGUUCAUUAAAGCUCGAAUUAGCCCAAUAUCGUGAAGUUGCAGCGUUUGCUCAAUUUGGAUCAGAUCUUGAUGCAGCAACUCAAUAUUUAUUAAAUCGUGGGUCAAGAUUAACAGAAGUUUUGAAACAAGGACAAUUCGUUCCGAUGCCUGUCGAGCAGCAAGUUGUUGUUAUCUAUGCAGCAACAAAAGGAUAUUUAGACUCAUUAAAAAUGACUGAUAUCUCAAGCUAUGAAGACGGUUUAUUAAAAUCUGUUGAUGGGUCACUCCUCCAAACAAUUAAGUCUGAGGGUGUGCUUUCUGAAAAUACUUUAGCAAAAUUAAAAGAGUUCUGUGAUACAUAUACACAGCAAUUUAAAGCUGCGUAA